GGAUGACAUAGAGGUCGUGUAUAGAUAGUCUUGAACAAAUACAGACUUCGCACCAUGAGGUGCUUCAAUCAUUGGUUUCAUCUGCAUGUUCAUGAUCUGAUUCGCCGUCACUGAACAUGCUUUGCAUGAAGAGUUUCAAAACUGUCAUUUGUUUACGAACAUGCCAGCUUCUAUCUGACACUGUCAGGCUCCAGAUGAACACACAGCUACUCACAGUUUUCACUAUUCAAAAUUAUAAUUCCAAUUCACACCAUGCAGCUCCAAGGUUUUCUCCAGCUCAGCUGCAGUCCCCCCAACGUUCGCCACGACAACGCGCUACGGGAAGCCCGCAUGCGGCUUGCAUUAGCCAACCGAGCAAAACAGGACCGCGCGUUAUAACUGCCGCUAGAAAACAAGCUGCUCAUAGCCGCACAAUUGGUGGCUUGCGAGCCGUGUUUCAACAUUUAUCGAAGAGCCCUCUGGACAAUGAAAGUAAAGCCGAAACGCCAUCGAGAUGGGCGUUAGCAGUUGAGCUGUGUGGUGACGAGGAGGAGAUGGGAUGGGGAGCCGACACAGUCACCGCAUGCUUUACACGACGCAUCGGUUGAGCAUUAUUGAGUGAAAUUGCCAUGGCCUUGAUAUUGUGCUUGGCCUGGUGGCUGACAGUGGUCGAUGACUUGGAUAGGGACUGUGCCCGACUGGCUGGAACUGGGUACACUUGCUCGACGAGCUGAACACCUUUGGAUGUGGCUAAGACUCGUCUAGAUCCACCGUCGGAAAAUUUUGGCUCGCUUGUAUGCUGUGCG